AUGUCUCCGCUGGAAGAUAUUAACCUCUCAGGAGUCAAGUGUGUCCCUGUCCACGACCAGCAGCCACCCAGCCCUGAUCUUGGGAUGGUUGAGAAGGAGCCUACAGCCUUCUGCAAAACUCGACUCUCCACCCUAAAACAAAGAAAAGAGGUCAGGGCCGCAGCUGACUUAAAUUCUUCAACGCAAUUUGUACAAGGAUUGGCACUUUGCACACUGGCAAUUGCUUCCCCAGAAAUGUCGCGAGAUUUGGCAGGGGAAGUAGAAAGGCUCCUCAAGUCCUCCAAUGCAUACAUUAGGAAAAAGGCUGCUGUAUGUGCCUUGAGAAUAAUUCUGAGAGUUCCAGAGCUGAUGGAAAUGUUUCUCCCUGCCACUCGCUCCCUCCUGUCUGAGAAGAAUCAUGGUGUCCUUAUAACAGGGUCACUAAUCAUCGAGAUGUGUCGCCAGUCUCCUGACAUGCUUGCACACUUCAAGAAGAUUGUUCCCAACCUAGUUCGCAUCCUCAAAAAUCUCAUCAUGGCUGGCUACUCUCCUGAGCAUGAUGUGCAAGGCGUGUCUGAUCCUUUUUUGCAGGUGAAGAUCCUGAAACUGCUAAGAAUUCUUGGUUGUGGUGACAGUGAUGCCUCAGAAACCAUGAAUGACAUACUGGCGCAGGUAGCUACCAACACUGAAUCUUCCAAGAAUGUUGGAAAUGCCAUCCUGUAUGAGACAGUUCUCUCCAUCAUGGACAUCAAGAGUGAAAGUGGACUUAGGGUACUUGCCAUCAACAUCCUUGGUAGGUUCUUGCUUAAUGCUGACAAGAAUAUUCGUUAUGUAGCGCUCAACACUUUGCUGAGAGUUGUCCAUGCUGACAACUCUGCCGUCCAACGUCAUCGCUCUACCAUCCUUGAGUGCCUCAAGGAUGCAGACAUCUCAAUCAGGAAGCGAGCCAUGGAAUUGUGUUUCGCGCUCAUUAACGGCAACAAUAUCCGCACCAUGAUGAAAGAAUUGAUUACCUUCCUCGAGAAUGCUGAGCCUGAGUUCAAAGCAUCAUGCUCCUCUAAGUGUGUUCUAGCAGCAGAAAAGUACUCACCCAAUGUCAGGUGGCACAUAGACACUCUGCUCAGGGUGGUGGAAGCGGCUGGGAACCAUGUGCCUGAUGAUGUAGUGUCAUCCACAAUACAACUUAUAUCUGAGACACGGUCUGAGCAGGCAUAUGCUGUGGGAGAGCUGUGGCGACAUCUAUCUGUGGCACAGCUUGAGUUUCAGCCAAUGAUCCAGGUGGCUACAUGGUGUAUAGGGGAAUUUGGUGACCUGCUACUAAAUGGUCAGGCUGAUGUUACUGUAGUAGAGCCUCAACUCAUAGAAAUUUAUCAGAAAAUUUUGUGGUCAUCACAGUGCUCCAUAACAACUUCAAGGAAUAUGCCCUUACUCCCCUCAUGA